ACCAAGGCGGCUGCGACAUGGGGGGGCGCGGAGCAGACGCCGGAAGUAGCGGUGGUACGGAUCCCGCCGAGGGGUGCUCACCGCCGGCUGCUUCCACCAGAGCCGCGGCAAGAGCCAAGGCCCGAGGGGGUGGGCGUGGCGGCCGCCGGGACGCGACGCCUUCUGUUCCCGCUCCUCGCGGAGCCGUGUCGCGUCGCUCGCCCCCGUCGGCUGCCAUGAGCGAGCGCCUCCGCCCCAGGAAAAGGAGAAGGAAUGGCAGCGAGGAAGACCACCAUCUUCCCCCCCAGACGAAAAGGAGUAGUAGAAACCCUGUCUUUCACGAUUCCUGGGACACGGAGACAGUACCUGUAACGGGAAACAGUAAAGAAAACAGACUAAGAGGAAACAAAGUGCUCUGCGCGUCUUCCGGCAGCGAGAGCGGCGGCAGCAGCAGCAGCAGCGGCGGCGGCAGCGGCGUCCACAGCCCGGACCGGGCCAGCGGGCCGGAGAGCGGCCUGAACCACCCGGCCGCCGCCGCCGGCCCCCGCAGCCCGCAGCCCGCGCCCGAGCCGUCCGCGCUGGGCCACGGCCCCUACUUCCACAUCAACCAGACGCUGAAGGAGGCCCACUUUCACAGCCUACAGCUCCGAGGACGGCCUCCCACAUGACGCGCCGGCAGUUUCUUGCCUUCUGUGAAGGGACAGCGCUGUGCAGAUUUGAUAUUUCAACUCACGAUGUUUUAAAAAAAAGUUGCACAAAAAAAAUGCCUGUUGGCUUUUCAGUCUAUAUUUGAAAUAACAGGUUAACAGGCCGUUGUUUACUUGUGGUUUUGCUGCACUAUUGCGAUUUCAAAGGGGCUUUGAAGCAGUUUUUUAUAGGAUUCUUUUGAGGGUGGGUAUCACAUCCAUGGCAAGGUUAACAGGAGGAGGAAAUCUCAUCUGUGUGUUUAAUCCAUAGUUUGUCCAGUUCAGACUGAUUUCCAGAUCCGUCAGUUAGAAAUUCUACUUUAUGUAAAAUGGCCUUUUAAAAAUGUGGGAUCUUCAAUUUUUUAAAUUCAAUAAACUAGUAAAGAGUAUCUACUUUCCAUGAAAAAA